UCUGCUGAUCGAUAGUGGGGUUAGUGAAUAACUUGUAUACAAUAACGUAAGCAUUACAACAAGAUACAUUUAUCAUUGAUUCGUGUUUUCAUUUAUAGCACAUUUUGAAAAGUUUAUAUAACGUGGAUAUAACUGAACAAAUACUGUCGCACAUUAAAAAGUAAACCUGAUUACAUUUAAAACGUCUUCAUGUCUUACCAGUUAUGUUCAAGAAAGUGCUCUAUAAUAAUACGGAUAAACUGUUUUGAAAAAAGAUCUUAAAUCAGUUAUGUUGAAGAGUCUUCGUUACGUUUUGUUACCGACGUAAUUCAUAAUACCGCGCGGGUACGUUUGCAAGAGACAAAAUGGAGUCAGUGAUCAUGAUAAUAUUAAGAGUGGUGAUCCUGACAAUAUUCAGAGUGAUUGUCAAAGUGGUCUACCGGAUAUGGUGUCGCCAGAGUUCGCCGCGAAUAGGUUACUGCGCCGGUUUCCAGGAAGUGUUGAGCGCCUACCAGGGCGUGGCCGGACGUGUGCGACUCAGCGGUCCCACAAACUUUGCACCUCUCAUCUACAAAACCAUCGACAUCGUCAGACAGACCAGAGCGUACCACAUUCUCGUCAUCGUCGCCGACGGCAAGGUGACGGAAGAGCAGGCGACAUGUGGCGCCAUUGUAGAGGUCUCGCGCUGGCCGCUUUCCAUCGUCCUUGUCGGCGUCGGGGACGGGCCCUGGAAGAUGGAGGAGUACGACGACAGCUUGCCGACGAGAAAGUUCGACAAUUUUCAAUUUGUCGACUUUCGCAAGACCAUGUCGACCGCCCGGAAUCCGACGGCAGCGUUCGCCCUAUCGGCUCUGAUUCCGGACCAGUACAAACAGAUAAAAAACUCGGACUUUUAAACUUUGAGCAGUGACGAUUUCCAUGACUUCUAAGGCAAUCUCACAUCUCGAUGCAUGUUGAUGAAAAGUUAUUUGCACUUAACAUGAAAAGGGAUAAGCUUACUCAUUGGGUCAUUGUCGACCUGAAAUGGCUUGAAGUCAACCGGGGAUGACUAUAAGCCGAUUCAUAUCACCCUGGGGUGACUUACAGCCGAUUCUAGUCACUCGGUCGGCUUGAAGUCAUCCCAGGGUGACACGAAUCGGCUUGAAGUCAUCCUAGGGUGACAUGAAUCGGCUUCAAGUUACCCCGGGUGACUUUAAGCCAUUUCAGGUCGACAAUGACCCAAUGAGCCUUACUGAUAUGAUUUACCGUUGUGAUUAACAGAUGUUAUUUUGUCAAUAGUAUCUGCACAUAUGAGUAGAGCAACAGUUGGAAAAAGAACUACCGGUAGUACAAUCUGUUGUUGUUAAAAUUUGAUUAUUUUUUAAUGAAUGUUUUGAAUUUUGAAACAUUCGAUAAUAUUUUGCUUCCUAAACGAAACUGUCGAUAUGAGAGAACUCCAAUUUAACACUUGGCUGCUUGAAAUGUUGCAAUUAUUCACUUUUUGCAAACGACGUAAUAAGUGCAUCCUUUCAUAACGGUUAGUUUUCAAUGAAAUGCAACUUCCGAUAAGAUUGAAAUGAAAGAGACUGAGCUGGUGUAAAUGUUCACGUGUUAUUAAUUAUCUCCCGCCAUAGGCGGAGGGAUAUUGUAUUUGCGUUGUCCGUCCAUCCGUCCGUCCGUCUUUCCGUCCGGCACUUUUGUGUCCGGAGCCAUUUAUUAGAAGUGCUUUGGCGGAUUUCAAUGAAACUUGGUAUGAGUAUAUAUAUAUGGAUAAGAAGAUGAUGCACGCCAAAUGGCAUCGUACACUAUCUGUUAAUAACGGGGUUAUGACCCUUUGUAUCUUGAAAAAAUGCUUUUUUGUGUGUCAAAUAUAACACUUUUGUGUCCAGAAGCAUAUUGGCGGGGAAUAUCAAUUCAACGAAUUUACUUCUUGACAGAUACUUAUGACUGCUAUGUGCAUCUUAACAAGCUUACUUUUGAAAUACGACAGCUCAUAAACAAAGCUCAAAACAUACUACAAAAAAUAAUUGAGGCUCGUUCUUGAAGACCCGGACUUGAUGCCGUGAGGUGCCGUCCCAUAUUAGCCGAAGCAGUUCGCACAGGUUAAUAAGGGACAAUACUUUAUGCUUUUAUUGUAGUUUUCUUUCAAAGGAAGUCUCUUUUUAGCGCAAACCCAUUUUAGGCGAAAAGUUUCGUCCCAGCUUAUCUUAUGCGUACGGCAGAGGCUAAUCUGGGACGACACUUUAUGCACAUGCAUUAAACCCUGUUUUCAAAGACCGAGGCUCAAAUAUUCCGCUAUCCUUCAUUAUGUCAAUAAAGAAGCAUGUAUUUGAGCGAACAUGGGUGCCGACGAUGUGUUGUGCUAUCUCUUCUAGAUAUUGUGAUGUUUUUUAUGAAAAAGCAUAUAAAUUAUUUUAAUUGUUUGCCUCCACGUACAUAUACCAUCAGCACUGUAUUGCUAUUUUUUUAUAGAUAUACUUGGUACAUGUACAUAUUGAAUUUCAGUUAUUAAACAUUACUGUAUGGUACAUCCCAACCAUUAACCCUUAUUAAAUAUGUGAAAAAAAUGGUUUCAUAUAUUAAGUUAACAACUGUGUACAUGUUUUUACCAGCAUUCAUUUGUAAACCUAUUGCAUCAAACGUUGCAAUUGCAUUUCGAU